AUGGAUAUACAAACAGCUCAUCAACUGGAAUAUUUACAGCGAUCUGUUCAAUUAUUGAUAUCGCAACCUUCCGAUGUAGGGGAUCAGCUAGAAAAGCUUAUUGAUGAACUGUUCAGUGACAAUAGGCAGUUAACCGACAAAAAGAAACUAUUUGAUUCGUCUUCAUCGUCAGAAAAAGAAAAAAUUGAAGCAACUACGUCAGAUAAUUCAUCGGACAGUAGUAGUAGCAAUUCUCAGAUAUCGAACAAAACUACUAAGCAACAACCAAAACGCACAUCUUCACCACAUAAUACAAUUGCAAAACCGGCUAGAAAACGACUGAAAAUAACUGACAAUAAUUACGCAGAAUUGACACCAAUAAUAGUUGAUACAAAGCUCAAGAUUUAUACGAAUGAAACGAGUGAGGAUGAAGGGGGAGGACCAGAAUUAAAAGAAUCCUUGUCAGCUGCAGGACCAGUAACUACAACAACGACAAAUAUCAGUUUAAAAGAUGAACAAGCAAUAACGAAUACUACUAAUAAUCGGAAUAUAGAUGAAUUUGCCAUCGAAAUGGGACUUGUUUGCAACUUAUGCAUGGUGUUGACAGAAGAAGUUGACAAUAAACUUGUAGAGUGCCACGAAUGUCAUAAUAAAUUCCAUCAAAAAUGUCAUAAACCAAAUGUAUGUACCAGCCAAAUUAGUGAUCCACGUUGUCAACAACAACAGCAGACGAACAAAGAUGGAAAAAAUGGUGUGCCAUCGACCUCGCUGACAAAAGAUCCAGUCACAUCGAAAGUCAAGAAUACAAAUAGUAAUUUAAAUAAUCAAUCGUCGACAAAUGGAAAUCAACCAUCUUCAUCUUCGGUUUCUGGAUGGGCUGGUUUAGCGGCUAAUCUUAAAGAGAAAAAACAACUAUCAGAUAGUGAUACAAACGGAACUUCAUUGACAAAUUUGCCUCAAAUGACUACACCUACUACACCCACAUCAUCAUCUUUAAUCAGUCUGUCAGAUUCUACAUCGAACAAUGUAAAAGAUAUUUCAUCCCUGACUACAACCAAUAGUAAACGUUCGCAAUUUAAUGAAAUACUCGGACCAGUUAAAUCUCCUACUCCGCCGAUCACAUCCUCUUUAUUAAAAUCACCAUCAUCAUCAUCAAAUAUCAUUAACCCAUUAACAAAACUAACCACAACUCCGUCGACUACACAACUAUUAAAAAUAUCCUCCACUAAUCAUUCAGCACCAAAAAAUCCAACGUUGAAACCUCAACUAUCAAAACAACUCGAUAGUAGUUCUACAGUCAUAAAAACAUCCAAUUUAUUAAAAACUACAUCAAAUAAUAUUUCUAAACAAAUAAAACGCUUAAGUUCUCCGACACCUCUUGGUCGUACAUCACUUCAUAAUUCAAAUAUUAAAUCACCAACUACUCAACGUACAACACUGAAUAACAAUGGUUAUUCACGUAUGAAUAGUACACCCUCUUCUUCCUCAUCAUCAACUACAACAACACAAAAACAAAUAACAGCAUCAACCGUAGCCAAAAUUCAAAAUAGUUAUAAUUGUGAUAAACGACUGAAACAAAUGAAAAAAUUAGCUCAAGAGUCACGAUUAAAAAAAUGA